UCUAUGCAAUAAAAAAGUAUCUAUUUUUUUCGUCGAAAUGUCACAUAUUCUUCAGGACGUUUUGUAAACAAACGCAAUUCGCUGUUUAUAAAAUAGUGUAAUGUCUGGUGAUUUGGUGUCCUAUUUAAAUUUGUUGCAUGUUUUUAUCGUGACCUAGACCUAACCGGAUAUAAUGUUUUCUUGCAGCAGCAUGGAUAAUGUACCCGAUGGUAACUAUCCAGCCGAAUAUUUGGAGGACGAAGAUCCCAUUGGAAUCACCAGCUUCCCGGAGCUGGACGAAAAUUGUUUGGAAUUAGAGGCAGAACUUGGACAUGAUGAGUUUUGUGGCGAUUCAUCAGCUGUGAAACGCCAGUCCUCGCAGUGUACGUUCGAUUUUCGAAUUUCCUGCUUCAAAAAGGAGUUUCGAGGACAGCACCACGACAAGGGAAAAGCCGACGCGAAACUGAUAACCAAGGAGUGUCGUGUUUUUGGUAAUUCGCCGAGAGAGAUUUUGGAGCAGACAUGGGAAGCUGUGAAGACUCAUAUACGUCGGGAGGUUAUUGUGUACGACGAUGAAAGUUUUAAAAGAGUGAAGUGGGCAAACGACGCAGCUCUUGAGUUUGAAGACAUGAAUAAGUAUGUACUUUUCAAGGAUCUUCUGCGUAAGCGUACAUACAGAACAUCUGACCUUCAGGAAAAGUCGGAUAUAAUGGUUAAAUGGAGAGGCAAGGUUAUCGACGUUUAUCUUCAUGUCUAUUCAUUGUCAGUUGCCAAUCAGAAAUUGUACGAUCUAGUGAAAAGAUUGGAAGCUCCUGAGGAUCCAGACAGAUCAGGAGCAUGCAGUAAUAAGUCAUUCCAAGGACUGAUAAAAGAGCUGAAAGAAUUGCACCCGGAUAUAAUAGCUGAUUCGUUUGUGUGGCACAAUUGGGCGGAGUAUGUUGAAGCCGCACCUGGGUACCGGCGUGAUGAGGUAAAGCAAAAUCCACCUGAUGCCAUUCAACCACAUUUAAGAGCUGCACCGACGGAUGCUUCGGUGGUACUGGAGGAAAACAGAAGGGGAUUAUUGUUUGCAAAAACUAUAAUUCGAGCCAUGGAAGGACAGUUGACGACAUUGCGGGAAUACUCUGGGCAGUUGUCAACCGCAGCCAUUAAGAUGGAAGAACGAUUGUCGGGCAUGGAAAUUCAACUUAAGAGCUACAAUGAAAUGUUGACGUCAAUGCAACGCUCAAUCGCACCAGUAGAAAACGAGCUUAGUCGAACGCUAGCGGAUUCUGUAACAGACGCAGACGAUUUGGAUCAUAUGUGAUCAAGAGAUCAUUACACUAGUUGCAGAGCGGAUUUUUGGUUGAAAUCAGAACUAAACCAUGAUUUGUAUUUUUUUAAAGUAUAUAGAAUAGUAUUCGAAAGAACAAUAAAUAAAUAGUAUAAGUUUAUUUCACGUUUUAUUAUGUCAUGGGCAUGAACCUGAAAUCACAUUAUUUUGUUUCGUCGUGGUAAAUUCAAUGACAAAAGUUCACUCAAUUCUGGCUGUGUUCCUGGUUCAAAGAGACAAAUUCUGUGCAGAAAUCGAAG